AUGCCUGAGGUAGAACAGCGGUUGUUUGUUAGGAGCGCCUCGACUUACGAGCCUAUGGAUGUUGACAGCGAACACAAACAUCUUGAGUCUAAGACGAGGCACGAAGACAAUAUCACUCUUGACUUCAUGCAGAUCGACAGCGAAGACACGACAGCGAGGAUCUCUGUGAAGUCGACUUUUGGACCCGGAGCUUUUAGCAAGCUCCCCACAGAUCGCAUGGGGUUAGAGCAUUCGAAAACCAGGAAGAAUUCCGCCAAUAUAGUGUCAUGCCGCAGGUCCAAGAGCCAGAAAGUCCAAGGCCAGCUUGGCACAUCAAUGACCCAGAAUUUUAAACAACAUACUCCGAUCCAUCAUCAGAAGUGGCGACUACCUAAAUCACCAGGGAAAGACCUUGAGAAGAUCCGCAAGAGAAAGUUAGCACGUGUGACUUCCCUUAGCCAUAGGCUCGUCGGAAACGAGCCGUUGAACUCCUUCGCCGAGAAUUGCCAAAAGACGAUAGCAGACUGGAUCUCACUACUGAGCAAGACAACAUUACCAAGUGACAUCGAGAGUUCAGACCCCUAUAUCAUUACCGCAUUUAAGGCUAUGGACAGUGUUAUUUGUGGACAAUAA